AUGGAAGCUGCAGCCAUGCAGCUUGCGACAGCGCUCCUGUCAAAGACUUGGAGUGGAUCGUCCAUGCUUAAGGGUGUUUCCUCUGCCCUUGAGACUGUCAAGACUGAGCUCCCAGAGUCUGAGACAGAACUCCAGCAGAUGAUAAAGGCUUCAAAGACUUUUGGAUCAGAGCUCGAAGAUCAGAUGAAGGACGGGGCCCAACCUCGUGCCCAAGACGGCCCUUUGACGACAGAUGGCUAUGACAUCUUGGAAGUCGAAGACAGUGCGAUGAAGAAGAGAUUGCAAAGCUAUAUGGACACACCCAAGGAAGAGCAUGACGAGCGUGAACACAUGCUGGAGCUUCUUCGGCAACAGCAGCGACUUAUUGCUCGACUUCAAAAGUCAUCCAAGCAGAUGAGUCCUGCCAAGACCCCCAAGACCAAGAGGAAACCACUGAAACUCUUUAGUGCCUGGCACACCGUCUCUGUGGAGGAGCAACCUGCCGAGCGAGAUGAGAAGUUCUGGAACAGGAUGCGAUCCAAGGUGAAUCGCUUGUGUGACAGAACGAAAUCGGGCAAGCUUCAGGUCAGCGACGACAUCCACAAGAUGUGGAAGGAAGCAGGAUCGGUUCGGGACAAUCUGAUUUUGCUCAUGGCUGAUGCAGAUGGGGAUCGUGCAACCAGACAGCAUGCAACCAUGGGUCAGUUCAUCCGCAAAGUGGAUCUGUACCGUGAGCAGCAGAAGUUUCGCGAGCAAGUCACGGAGGGGGCCUUCUACACGGAGGUGGACCUCAAAAGGAAAAGAGUGGCUGGUAUCAUCGAGCUGUGCGAGAAAACUCCCGGUCACGUGCGGACAAGCAAGUACGAUGGCGAGAGGGAGUACUGGUAUGAUCACACCACCCGUGCGGCACGGGGCACCAGGGACACGGAGGGUCUCAGAGAUUCCACCAGUGCCAGCGGAGCUGUUGAUAGCUUCGGGCAGAGUGCCAAGUCAUGCGAGCCGCAUAAGAAUUGGGACCUCUCACAGCUUGGUAGCUGUGCAGUAAAGGACAGCCUCCAAAGGCACAUGAACGAGGCGGUCACCGCGAGGGACAAGCUGCUGAAGUUCACAGAACGAUUGGAUCGUGAUGAUGCAUCAGUGCAAGCCUCUGCCAAGCAUGUGGCCACCAUCGCGGAGGCCUUUGCGACCCAGGAUAAUGACUGCAAGGCGCUACGAGAUUUGGGUGGAGCCCCGAAAUCUGAUGCUGAAAAAUCCUUGCAAAAGACCCUCCGAAAGUGGGACCUCACUCUGAAUGUGCCCUGGACAUAUCAGCAAUUAUCUGAAGAUUGCUCUGUUCCGAUGCUUAUGCCGUCUGACUACCUUACCACUCUGGUCGAGAAGGGCUACCUGCACAAACUGCUAGGCUCAGAACGACUUCGACAGUUUUGGAGCAACUACGCUAAGGAGGAGCCAAACCAUGAAUUGUUCCAGCACGACUUCUUGGAUUUUGGGCAGCUAGUUCCUCUUUAUAUUCAUGGAGACGGUGGGAGGACAUAUCGACGUGACGAGCUGAUGGUGAUUGCUUUUCAGCCCAUUUUGGGCCUGGGAACCCGUCUAUCCAAUCCUCAGAAACUGAGAACUUCGAAACCUGGAGUCAACCUGCUGGGGCAUUCGUUUACAACGAGAUUCUUGACCGGGGUCAUGCCGAAAAGCGUAUAUAAAGACAACCCUGAAAGAUUCGACAACUUCCUCACAGCGACAAUGAAGGACUUCGAGCGACUUUAUUACGGAGGCCUGGAUAUUGGAAACGGUCGUGUGCUGCGCUUUAUCCCCUUGGGGCUCAAAGGAGACCUCCCAUUCCUUUCGAAGAGUGGUCACCUGACCCGUACCUUCCUACACAUUCGCAAGGGGCCGGCAGGCCCCAAAUCGAAACCCCUUACGGGCUGCUGUUGGCUUUGUCAUGCUGGGUCUGAUCAGUAUGACUUUGAGGAUCUCGGCUAUGAACCGGCGUGGCUUGCAACAGCAGGGCCACACAAUCCGCCGCCAUGGGAUGCUGUGCCUCCUUUCUUUGACCAUGUGGCACAUGUCGUGGAAGACAAACCAUCGUUUUUUACAUUGGAUGUCCUACACAUAUACCAUCUUGGUGUGGGUCGCGAUUUUGGCGCCAGCGCCCUCGUUGUUGCUUUGGGUCUGUACGGCCGUGGGUCCGUCCCGGAGGCGCUCGAGGAUUUGAAUGCAGACUUGCGGCGUUUCUUGAAGUCCAGUGGGAAGUCUGUGCACUUCCGGUCUCUGACGAGAGACCUUCUCGGUUUUUCGUCAGAGACCACAUUUCCUGUGGGACAUUGGAGCAAAGCGAUGGAUACACCGAUCCUCGUCGCGUUCGCUGCCUGGGUGUUGCAGCAGCGCGGCGAGGACGGUGUUCUAUUGCACCAGGUGCUGAUUUCUGGCUGUGGUGCGAUUGAGCUCUUCAUGAAGACCCUCUUGCAGGCCUCCCUCUGGCUUGACAAGCGCGAGGCUACAAUUGCUGGUCGAGCAGGGAUGCAGUUUCUUGCUUGUUAUCAGAAGGCUGCUCAGCUCUCCUUUGACACCCAAAGCUGCAGAUUCAAUAUGACACCGAAGCUACAUUGCUUCCAUCAUAUAUCGCUGUCUCUGCUGCACACUGCUGGCCGCUGCGGCACAUGCUUGAACCCUCUUUCACGAGCCACUUUUCAAGAUGAGGACUAUGUGGGGCGUGUGUCACGGCUGAGCAGGAGAGUUUCGCCGAGGAUGCUGUGUUUGCGAACUAUCCAGAGGUAUCUUUUGGCCACUCGAGUGGAGAUGGACGCAGACCGACGAUGA